AGGAGAGGCAGCACCAUGCUGGGUCCCCACCUCUCACCUCCACCCCUGGGACCCAGCGAAGACAGGCCUACUUCCUGCACCUUCCGGAUCCCUGAUGGGAGCUACAAGUGUCUGGCCUUGGAGGCUGAGGAGAGCAGCAGCGAGGAGGGCCUGCAGGGAGAGGCAGGGCUCACGAACUUGGAUGAGGACAGCGUGGCCAGCAGAAAUGGGGACGACUCUACCUGCAGAGUCACCCAGGGGACACCAGAGCUGCCCAAUACCCCGGGCCUCCAAGCACCCAGCCCUUCCAGGAAAGCACAAGGGCAGUCCCAGCAUGAUAACAGGGCCAGCCAGGACGGGGACACGGUGAAGGCUCGGCCUGUGAUGACAGUCAGCCCCAGUCCCAGCCCCAGCCCCAGUGCGGGGCCCAGGGUUGCCCAGAAACCAGCACUGGGCCACAGCACGAGCCCCACUGAGAAGGAUCUGAAAGAGGCCAAGGCCCGCAGCCAGCAGAUCGCGGCGCAGCUGACCACCCCGCCCAGCUCCAACUCCCCAGGCGUCAGGCUCUUCAACAGGCGCCGACAGAGGGUGAACCAGUUCACCUUGGAGAACCUGGGCCAGAGGGAACGGAGGCCCAGCCAGGAGUCCCUCAGAGCGCCCCCUGCUAGCAGCCCAGGCUAUGCCUUGGGGCUUGGCCUGAGUCCCACCUCACUCCCUGAGCCAGGUCCUCCAAGGAACACCGACAGCCAGAGCCCUGACAUAGGGGUCCCUGCCCACAGCAUGGAGGGGUGCUCAGAGAAAGCCAGCUUGCUGCGGCACCUGGAGAAGGUGGCCAGUGAGGAGGAGGAGGUACCCCUGGUGGUUUAUUUGAAGGAGAACGCGGCCCUGCUAACGGCCAAUGGGCUGCACCUCUCCCAGAACCGAGACGCCCAGCAGACCCCACCAAGCCCACCUACGGCGGAGGUCCACAGCCCAGCUGUGGACGUCAACCAAAACCUUUCCUCACUCAGUGCCACCCCCAACACACCAGCCUCUAACAGCAGCCAUAGCCUGCCAAACGCAGAUGUCAACCAGAACCCACCGGCAGCUGUCACCCCGCAGAGCCUGCCGCUUUCAAACAGCCAGCAGCCCUCCGAAACACAGCUCCCUCCCGAUGGCAUGGCAUCAGAGGCCAAACCCAGCCCCCCGUGUGCCGGCGGGCAGCCCCCAGCACCGGCCGCAGAGGUGAAAUGCAGCACACUCCUCAUUGAUAAGGUGUCAGCCCCACCUUCCACCUCCACCGCCUUCUCCAGAGAAACCACCCCCAUCUCCAGCUCUGGGACCCCAGCUCCAGAUUUCAUGUCCAGCUCCCUGCUCCUCGAUGUGCAGCCCAGUGUCCCAGCAGUGUCAGCAGAGCCUGAGACAUCUGCAUGGGCAGCCCCGCCCCCGGCCACCAAGCUCUACAGUGAGGUCCACUUCACACUGGCCAAGCCCCCAUCAGUGGUGAACAGGACCGCCAGGCCCUUUGGGAUCCAGACCCCAGGGAGCACCAGCCAGAUGGAACGGAGCCCUAUGGUAGAGAGACGACAUCUUGGGGAGAAGGCCCCGGCUUCCCAGCCCCCAAGCAUGGCAGACAGGAGCCCUCGGCCACAGAGACACAUGAUGUCCCACAGCCCCAUGGUGGAGAGGAGGCCCAUGGCACAGCGAAGCCCUGCUUUGGAGAGGCGCCCCUUGGGGAACUUCACCCCACCCCCCACCUAUGCUGAAACCUUGUCCACGGCCCCCCCGGCUUCCCGGGUGAGGUCUCCCCCAUCCUACUCUGCCCUGUACCCCAGCUCCGACCCCAAGCCCUCUCAUCUGAAGGGCCAGGCAGCUCCUGCCAGCAAGACGGGCAUCUUGGAGGAGUCGAUGGCCCGCAGGGGCAGCCGGAAAUCCAUGUUCACCUUUGUAGAGAAGCCCAAGGUGACCCCGAAUCCAGACCUGCUGGAUCUGGUACAGACGGCGGAUGAGAAGCGGAGGCAGAGGGACCAGGGCGAGGUGGGUGUGGAGGAGGAGCCCUUUGCCCUGGGGGCCGAGGCCUCCAACUUCCAGCAGGAGCCAGCACCCCGGGACAGGGUCAGCCCGGGGGCGGCUGAGGAGGUCCUCCCAGAGUGGGCCUCAUGCCUCAAGUCGCCGCGCAUCCAGGCCAAGCCGAAGCCCAAACCCAACCAGAACCUGUCCGAGGCCUCUGGGAAGGGGGCUGAGCUCUAUGCCCGCCGCCAGUCCCGGAUGGAGAAGUAUGUCAUCGAGUCCUCAGGCCACACCGAGCUGGCCCGCUGCCCUUCACCCACCAUGUCCCUGCCUUCAUCCUGGAAGUAUCCCACCAAUGCUCCAGGUGGCUUCCGAGUGGCAUCCCGGAGCCCAGCUCGGACCCCACCCGCCUCCCUCUACCACGGCUACCUGCCCGAGAAUGGGGUCCUGCGCCCCGAGCCCACCAAGCAGCCGGCCUACCAGCUGCGCCCGUCACUCUUCGCCCUCUCGCCCAUCAAGGAGCCUGUGAAGGCCUCUCCGAGAGCCGCCUCUCCGAGAGCUGCCUCGCCCGCCAAGCCAAGCUCCCUGGACCUGGUGCCCAGCCUGCCCAAGGCUCUCCCGACAUCCCCGGCCCUGCCUCGACACUCCCGCUCCUCUCCGGGCUUCUACACCUCCCCAGGCCAGGACGGCCUCCAGCCCACGGCUGUGAGCCCUACCUACAGCAGUGAUAUCUCCCCCGUGUCACCCUCCAGGGCGUGGUCUCCCCGAGCCAAGCAGGCCCCCAGGCCCUCCUUCUCUACUCGGAAUGCUGGGAUCGAGGCUCAGGUGUGGAAGCCUUCCUUCUGCUUCAAGUAACGGGCCCUGCACGGAUCCCACUGCCUGCCAGGGUCCCCUCUCCGAGGGCUGGAUGGAGAGCAGAUGUGGCUGGAAGUGGCACAGAGCUGAGGGUCAGGAGUAGGGGGACUCGGGGCUCAAAGGCUGAUGCUGCCACCAGCUAGCUUUGUGACUUUGGGCAAGUCACCUCCCCUCUAUGGGCUGCAGCUGCUCCUUCUCUGCCACAAGAGUCAUUAGACUCCAUGUCUGAAGGAUCUGCAGUCCGAUACCAUAUAGCGGGGAGGGUCCAGAGAGAGAACUCCCUUGGCAGGCCGACAUGAGGCCGGGGGGCUUCCUCUGGCCUUGGUGCACUGUAGGGAUGACAGCGUCUUGCUGGGGAAUGGCCUACAAGGGGACCCUAACAUGGGCUUCUGGAGCAAACAGAGCCUGCCAGUGCCUCUGUGCAACUAGCCAGCCAAGGGUCUGCCUCCUCAGCUACCCCGGCUCCUGGCGUCUUUCUGCCUGUCGCUGGCUUCCUACCUGCACAGGUCUGUCUCUUCCACCUCUGCCUUCCGGACACCGUCUCCUCUCCGCUGCUUGAGAGAGCUUCGCCUCGGGCUGCCACGUUGUCUCCUCCCGUGGGUUCUUCGGCUGGAGGAGGACUUAGCCUGCCGCUGCUAUCUGGCGCUUUCCUUCCUGCCCCUCUGCUCACCUGCUCCCAAGCCCCCCACCCCCCCCAAACACCUGGCUCCGCUUGGAGGGGGCUAGCUAGAGCAGUUCACCCCAUACCCCACCUGGCGUGUGAAGUCCAGGGAGUCCCUGAGAGAAGGGGAACCCCGUAUAAGAAUGUGCAGAUGUGAGUGUGCAGUGAGAGAAGGCCCCCCCCACCCCUGCCGGCAAUGUAUCUAUUGGCUAGUUUGGCUUCAACGGCAGCCAGGAGCUGCCCAACUGAAAGCAGCUAUGGCUGUGCAGAGGAAGGGGCCCCAGAGGAGAGGCUAGAGAGGAGGGUCUGGUCCCAUCUCAGCAGGCUCCCUUUCGUUGUAUGAGGCUAGCCAAGUCACUUUCCCUUUCUGGGACUCAGUUUUCUAAUUUAUAUAGCCAGGGCCCCCUUCCAGCUGUGACAGUCUUCAAGGAUUGAGGGGAUAGGCUGGUGCUUUGGGAGAAAGGCCUUGUAAGUGAUAAGACAGUCCCCUGGGAAGAGAGGGGGAGAGAAUGGGCUGUUGUCAUAGAGCUGCUGGAGAUGAGAGGUCUGUAAGGGCGUCCUGGGAGGGUGUGGCUGCAAUGAACUGCUUCAGGAAGCCAGGGGACCAGAAGCCUAGGCUGGGAUGACACAGGCUCAGGGUGGCCUAGAGACGGUAGCAACACGGUGAGGGAUUGGGCAGGAGCCUAGCAGCUCAGUGGGACAGUGGAGGAGACCUUAAGGUUUUGACGAAAGGGCUGGCACUUAAGCAAUCUGGAUUCCACCAGAUUAAUUCCAUGGGUAUCUUUGGGUCUCAGUUUCCCCAUCCCUUGAGGGUGCUGAGUCAGGUAGUGUGAGAUCCUCACCACCUCCGACAUCUUUGAUGUGAUGCAGCCCCCAAACCAGGCUCUGUUGGGGAUGAGAGAAUGCAGACGCAAGAGGCAGAAUUCAUAUGGAAGCUUCCCAAGGCUGGGGGCUGAGCACCACCCACUUUCUCUUUCCCCAGCCCUAUUUCUGGGCUCCCCAGCGGGGCGAGGGGUGGUGGAGGCGGUGCCAGUGCUGGGCUGAGCCUGCAGUUUUCGUGAGCUCUGGGCUUGUCUCCAUGGCAACAGGGGGUGCCUUCCUAGUGAGUUCAUUCUGCCCAGAACUUGGGGGCAGGCAUGGGGGUGUCAUAAGUGAGCUCAGCUUCUACGGAUCAGGCCUCUCCCAGGACAAAGCGAAGCCCCUACCCUGGACCCCCACUCCCUUCCACCUCCCCACCCCCCCAGGGCUAGCAGUGGAAGAGCCCAGCCUCCAUCCUGCAGCUCCUGCGGCCAGCCUGGCCGCGCUCUUCCCCCAACUUUGUUUUCCCUCCUGUUCUCAAUACACUCAGCCUCAAAUCUGU